AUGGACACGAUUCUCGCUACUGUCGCCGACAUCCUUUACACGAUGGACGAGAUCGAGGAGCUCUACGCGGUGUACAAGAAGGGCAUGCCGACGAUGACCAAGAUGGAGCUCAUAGGGUGCCUGAUCGAGUCCGACCCCGAGCGCUUCGUCCGGCGCAUCUGGGUCGACUUUCUGGGGCUGGAAGAGUAUGGCGGUGACGUGAUGAUCAGCUACCGACUGGGCGCACGCGAGGCUGCUCGCCUUCACAACCUUGCGUUCGGCUCACCAAUGCCGUUGGGCAUGGGAAAGAAGGACCUCUUGCACAAGCUUCUGGCGUGCUGGAAUGAGCCGCCUGUCCUCGGAGUGAGCUUUCUUUCGGAGGGUCAGACUAAGCACAACGACAAUGCGUGCGGAGUGUGCCCGAACGGCCAUGGCAUGAUGACGGGUCGCGUCCGGGGAGAUGGCAUCUGCGACGUCUGCCAUGCGGGGGUUCGCGGUGGCGCAUUUGUUGAUGCAUGUGCGCAGUGCGACUUCUGGAUCUGCCAGCAGUGUCAGCUCAAGCUGGGCAAGUACGGUGCGCCCGCCAAGUCCGCGGCAUCGGUGCAUGGCAACAAGAUGGCGCCAUUGUCCUCGCCACCGCCCCGCGUCACAGUGCCGCAGCUACCGCUGCCCGACGGCUGUCUUUACCACGCCUUCCUGACCCACUCGUGGGUCAAGGAUGGCAAGGGCCGCGACACGCAUGCGCGCGUCUCGCGGAUCAACGACCACCUCAAGGCGCGCGGCAUGGUGACGUGGUUUGACGGCGACCGGAUGGAGGGCGAGAUCGCCGACAAGAUGUGCGAGGGCAUCGACGACUCGGCUGCCAUCGUGGUCUUCGUGUCCAAGGCAUAUCUCGACAAGGUGGCGUCAAAGAAUCCGAACGACAACUGCAAGAAGGAGUUUAAGUACGCUACUCAGCGGAAGUCCGCCACCAAGAUGGUGCCCGUGCCCAUGGAGCCCGACUGCCUCAUGCCAGGCAAUUGGAAGGGGCAGGUUGGCAUGGAGCUCGGCGGUACACUCUUCAAGGCCAACUUCGCGGAGGAUGCCGAUUUCGAGGAGCAGGCAGAGGCGCUCUUCGACGAGAUCCUCCGUGUUGCGGGCGUCAACACGCCGCCGAGCGCGCCGACGCACCCGCACGCGCGAAAGACCCGGAUGUGA